AUGCCUUGUAACGCAGAUACAAUUGUAAAAAUCAAAGUUGUCAUUGAAUCGGUAAAAGAAAAUUUAGUCGUAGUAUGGGCUAUCGGACUUUAUCCCGUAGGAGUUGAAAAUUGCGAAAUAGAAUUAACUCAAUUCGUGCCAGUUAAUCUCGAAGAAAGAGACCAUGAUACUCAAGCAACAUUUCAAAAAGAUGAAUAUUUUUCUAUUAGUAGCAAAAUCGUACCAGAUAUUUAUAAAAACAAUAUAAGACCAAGGAUGACAGUUUCGACAUCCACACACCUUAAAAUUCUUGAUAGAGUUCCCACUUCAAACAAAUAUUCUUUAAAGGUUUCAUUAGUUGGAAUCGUUCAAGAAACCUCUGACUUUAAGAACAGAGAAGAUUCCGUUAUUAAAGUUUCCGUGACAGAUUAUUCUCGCCAAGACUACAACUUUGUAGUUAACGUUGUGUUUCAAUAUUUAGAUUCCUGUUUUAAAGGCUUAGCAAGCUUUAUUCGUCCAAAAGAGACAUUAGUUUUCAUUGUUGGUCAAAUAGAAUUCAUUGAAAAUGAUAUAUAUGUUUACGCCCAAGACAUUAAUUGUGUAAAUACUUAUUUUAAUAACAAGAAAAGAGAAUAUGAUAUCAAGAAUGAGGAAAUACCAUCGUCAACAAAUUCAGCUCGAUCUAAGCUUUUAUCUAUUCAUAAAGAUAUUUCUAAGCAUGCCAAGAAAGAACCAAAUGAUCUUCUUGAAAAACAAUUGACUAAUGAAAAAGCAAACAUCUUAAAUAAUGGUAUUAACGAAAGUUUGAAUAAUUUUGAAAUCGACAAUGAACUAAUUGAAGUUAAACAAAAUAAUAAAGUUGUUGAUAAAAAAAUCAACAAUAAAAGGUGUAAAAAAAAAGGUGAACUUAACCGUAAAAAAGAUAAGGAACCAUCUAAAUUUCAUAAUACCAGAAAGUCAUCUGGUUCUAACAUAAUCGUUAUUGGCAACGAAAGUGAAUAA